AGAAAAGAACUCGCUCAACAGCGCACACACCAUGCCACUUCGAUUUCACCUUCGUUGUCUCUCUCUCUAAAAUUAUCUGGCACUUACCUGUUCUCUGUCUCUCUGGAAUUUCGGCAGUGGAGAAAGCACAAGCACAAAGCUUCGAAUUCAUCACCUGAUUCGCCGUUAGGGUUCAUUCUCUGUGCUUCGAAACGAUUUGUUGUUCUCCGAAGCUCGACCUGGUUCGAUCAAAUUCGCAUAUGAGAUAGUGAGACUACUAUGGAAAGUUUCAGCUUAGUUCUCGUCUUGGGCUUUGCAAUCAAAUUUGAAGUCUGAACUCUGAUCAAACUCUAUUUUAUCUCCUCACAGAUCCAUCUCAAUCUGUUUCUCUGGGGUUUCUGCAAUGCACCGUGUAGGCAGUGCAGGGAACACAUCCAAUUCAGUUCGCCCUCGUAAGGAGAAGAGGUUGACUUAUGUGUUGAGUGAUGUAGAUGAUAAAAAGCAUUGUGCAGGUGUGAAUUGUUUGGCUUUAUUGAAGUCAUCAGCGACAGAUGGGUGUGAUUACCUCUUCACUGGGAGCCGUGAUGGCACUUUAAAGAGAUGGGCAUUGGCUGGAGAUGAAGCUACCUGCUCUGCUACAUUUGAGUCACAUGUUGAUUGGGUCAAUGAUGCUGUUAUUGCAGGCGGUAAUACACUUGUUUCCUGUUCCUCAGACACCACUCUCAAGACAUGGAAUUGCUUCUCUGAUGGAACUUGUACCACAACUCUUCGUCAGCACUCAGACUAUGUUACUUGUCUUGCUGCUGCCCGAAAAAAUAGCAAUGUUGUUGCCUCCGGUGGCCUUGGGGGUGAGGUUUUUAUAUGGGAUUUAGAAGCUGCACUUACUCCAACCUCUAAGACAAGUGAUGCAACAGAAGAUGAUUGUUCUAAUGGUAUCAAUGCUCCGGGAAAUUCUCUACCUAUUACUAGCCUUCGUAGUAUUAACUCAAGCAACAGCAUAUCUUUGCAUACGACUCAGGCUCAUGGUUAUGUUCCCAUAGCUGCCAAAGGCCAUAAGGAGUCGGUCUAUGCUUUGGGAAUGAAUGAUAGUGGGACCCUUCUUGUUUCUGGUGGGACUGAGAAGGUUGUGCGUGUUUGGGACCCAAGAAAUGGUUCUAAGACCAUGAAACUUAGAGGGCAUACAGAUAAUAUUAGGGCUCUACUUUUGGAUUCUACUGGCAGGCUAUGCUUAUCUGGAUCAUCAGAUUCUAUGAUCAGACUAUGGGAUCUUGGUCAGCAGCGUUGUGUGCAUUCCUAUGCGGUGCAUACUGAUUCUGUUUGGGCACUUGCCAGCACCUCAACAUUUAGUCAUGUUUAUAGUGGUGGGAGAGACCUUUCUUUAUACUUAACAGACCUGGCAACAAGAGAGAGUAUAUUGCUUUGUACAAAGGAACAUCCUAUUUCGCAGUUGGCAUUGCAUGAUGAUGGUAUAUGGGUUGCAACAACAGAUUCUUCCAUACAUAAAUGGCCAGCUGAAGGUCGUAAUCCUCAGAAGGUCUUUCAAAGAGGUGGUUCAUUCUUGGCUGGAAACUUGUCAUUUUCAAGGGCAAGGGCUUCCUUAGAAGGAUCUACCCCUGUUCCUGUUUAUAAAGAACCAUCCUUUACCAUUCCUGGUACUCCAGGGAUAGUGCAGCAUGAAAUUUUAAACAAUAGAAGGCAUGUUUUAACUAAGGAUACCACUGGAUCAGUCAAGCUGUGGGAGAUCACCAGGGGUAUUGUGGUCAAGGACUAUGGACAGGUCUCAUUUGAUGAGAAGAAAGAGGAACUGUUUGAGAUGCAAGCAUUCCCAGCAUGGUUCACUGUGGAUACGAGGCUUGGAAGCUUGUCUGUCCAUUUGGAUACACCACAAUGCUUUUCUGCAGAAAUGUAUUCAGCUGACCUUAACAUUGUUGGGAAACCUGAGGAUGACAAGGUUAAUUUGGCUCGUGAAACUCUGAAGGGGCUGUUGGCUCAUUGGUUAACCAGAAGGAGGCAGAGAUUUGGAUCCCAAGUUUCAGCCAAUGGAGAAGUUUCAUCUGGCAAGGAUAUCUCUGCUAGGAGUCAUACCCUUUCAAGAAUUGAGGUAGAUGGUAAUGCUGAAAAUGAUUCUAUGGUUUAUCCUCCGUUUGAAUUUUCAACAGCUUCCUCUCCUUCCAUUAUCACUGAGGGCUCUCAAGGUGGUCCAUGGAGAAAGAAAAUUACCGACUUAGAUGGAACUGAAGAUGAGAAGGAUUUUCCUUGGUGGUGUCUGGAUUGUGUGUUGAAUAAUCGCCUGCCUCCCCGGGAAAAUACAAAAUGCAGCUUUUAUUUACAUCCAUGUGAGGGUUCAGCUGUCCAGAUUCUCACUCAAGGGAAACUGAGUGCGCCUCGUAUAUUGAGAAUGUAUAAAGUUAUUAACUACGUUGUAGAAAAGAUGGUUCUCGACAAACCAUUGGAUAACACUGAUGGAACUUUUGCUCCUGGACUGCCAGGAGGGCAGUUACAGCAUCCAGCUAUUGGAGGAGAUGGUUCUUUCCGGUCUGGGUUAAAGCCUUGGCAAAAGAUUAAGCCUUCUAUAGAAAUCUUGUGUAAUAACCAGGUUUUACUCCCUGACAUGAGCCUAGCAACAGUCCGGGCUUAUAUAUGGAAAAAAUCAGAGGACCUUGUCCUCAACUACCGAGUGGUGCAGGGCAGGUGACACAGUGGACAUCCGGGGGAGUUGAACCCAGGCCUAUGGUAAUGAAGACUUUGUGCUUUGUGUAGAUAACUUGUGAGUGGUUGGUUCUUCAAGAGGUGCUUGUGUUGAUCAGAUCUUUUUUACAUUUUCCUUGUAAAUCUGGAUAGCCAAUCAAAUGCUAGAAUCCAGGUAGCAGUUUGCCAGUUGAACAGUUGGUAUAGGAAUUUUGAGCUGUCUAGCUAACAUGCAAGCUUUUACAAGAUAUUUGCUAAAUUAUUAUGGGCCAAGUUUGCACGUGGCAAUAGAAGGUUUUUGAUUCCGGUGGUGUAAGAAGCUUCCUGAGGGGAGCUGUAGUAUAGGUAUGAUGUCGAAAGCUUCAUAAAAAUUUGUAUUGUUGUGGGGUACAAUACCUAGCAAAAACCACACUGCUAUGGAAGUGAUUAUUUUUCCCUGGAAAUAAUACAUUUACUGUUUCGGUUAACCUACUAGUAUGAUAUAUAUAUAUUUUUUCUUUA